UUCAACUUGCAUGUGUGGUUUGAACGUGUGCAAGAAUUUGUGUGUGGUAUUUGUGAUGAUAGAUCUUGAGAAGAUCUUUCCGACGCAACAAGAAUCGCUUCAAUCGGAGCAAGAACGCGAAAGCUAUGAAGAUUCAAAGUUCAUGAGCUUGCGUUACAAUUGCGGCGGUUACAAAGUGAAGUUGUGGGGUGACUUUAUAUGGAGUUGGGACCUUUGGGGUUGGGGAAAUUUGUCACUCUACUGUAACAGCUGCAAAUUGGUUGGGAACAACCAAGCUAGGUUGGCAAGGGUGGCCAACUUGGAUGGAUUGGUUGGGAAGGGACAAAGGUCAAAGUUGGGGUUCCUAUAGGGAGGGAAUCUUUGUGCUUAUGGGGUUUCCUUGGUUGGGGACUCUCUUGGGACCUUCCCUCUCAUCCCUCUCUUCUAUCCCAACCUUUCUCUUGCUCCUUUAAUUCCUUGUGAGAUUCUUGAACUUUGAUUGAACUUUUGAGAUUGAGUUAAGUUCUCCUCCUACAGCUUACCCCCUAGUGCGUCGAAAGCCAUAGCGUCGCGAAUACUUCAUCAAUCAACAUGAUUCAAAUUGGGAACGGGCGCGGCAGAGGAAGAGGGGGUUGGAGAGGCCGAGGCCGUGGGAGAAGCUUUGGCAGAGGUAGAGGCCGAGGUGACUAUAAUGAGGGGCAUGGGAGCUCUAGUGGCAGGGGGAGUACCAGAAUGGAGGGCACCUGCUGGUACUGCAAGAAGGUCGGGCAUCCUUGGUUCAAGUGCUUCAGCAGGCCGGAGGGAUGGUCACCUCCAGGCAUGAAGCCGCCCAGUGGUGAACGCGCACAAGGUGGCGCUGUGCAAGGCUCAGGUGCACAAGGUUGCACCAGUCACAUGACCCCACGGGCAGAUUUGCUUGAUGAGGUAAAACCCCCUGGGAAGAUCAAGUAUGUGGCAGCAGCGUCAGGUGCUUUGCUCCCCGUGAUUGGUGUUGGAAAUGCCAAGGUUAAGGGAGCUAAUGGGGAGCUUGUGGGGCUUGGGAAUGUUCUGCUGGUUGAAGGCUUGUCUGCUAACCUUCUCUCUGUGCGGCGACUGCAGAAGAGCAAGGCCGAAGUGACCUUUGGACCAACCAGCUGCCGUGCUAAGCUUGGGAAGAAGGAAUGGAAGCAGCAGCAACAGAAGCUUCCAUCUACACCGCUCAUUGUGGAGGCAGAUGAGGUGCAGCAGCCUUCAAGACAGGUGGAGGUUGCAGUGUCAGAGGAGGAGAUGUCUGGGGUGACUGAGGAAGGGGGAGCAGCUGAAGUAGAGCAGCAGCAGCAGCAGCAUGAGUCUCCACCUCGAGUUCCACACCCGCCUGAGCGUCCUAGGAGGGAUGUGCGCCCUCCUGUGAGGCUGACCUAUGGGGGAAGAGGCAAGCCAAAUGUGGUGCAGGCUGGGAGAACAACACUGAGGGUGCUGUUGGCGAUAGCUGCACUCCUGGGAUGGAAGAUACGGCAGAUGGACAUUGUGACUGCCUUUCUGAAUGGGAUCAUUCUGGAGGAGGUGUACAUGAAGCAGCCAGAGGGGCUGGAUGACGGGAGCGGCAGGGAGGUAGUGGGUGAGAGUGACAGGAAGCUGUUUCAUUCGAUGGUUGGGUCGCUGAAUUAUGCUGCAAAUCAUACACGGCCUGACAUUGCAUUUGCUACAUCACGAUUGGCUAAUUCUUGAACUUUGAUUGAACUUUUUGAGAUUGAGUUAAGUUCUCCUCCUACAGCUUACCCCCUAAUGCGUCGAAAGCCAUAGCGUCGCGAAUACUUCAUCAAUCAACAUGAUUCAAAUUGGGAACGGUAGCUGAGAUCAAGAGCUACAACAUAUCCAAGUUUCGCGACAUUCCAACGGCUAGUUUUCUGUCGACGUCGUUUCUUGUGAAGACGACUUUUCUGUCCAGAAUUUCGGAUUUAUAUUUUGAGUAAUUCUAGCUCCUAAGUUCACCUAGAC